AUGUUUACUCGACUGGCCUACCCUCUGGCCUUUUCAUGGAUUCUGCCCCGUGUCCAUGCCCAGUUCAAUCUAUUCGUUGAUGGAACGCAGGCCGUCUCAGAUAUCUCACAAGGUUGCACCACAGCUCUAAACGCGACCAUUAAUUGCGAUCCAUAUCUACAACAGCUGGUGUCAGACGAUUAUUAUGGCAGUCUCAACAACGCGACCCUUCAAAAUUCCGUUUGUGCAGCGUCAUGUGGUAUCUCUUUGAAGUCCUAUCAUAACACGGUUGCUUCUGCUUGUGCCAAUGAUCCCCAGCCUUGGGAUGGUGUACCAGCCGUUUGGGCGGGAGACGUUAUAUGGGCGGCCUACAAUCAGACAUGUUUGAAAGAUCCCACCACCGGAGCGUAUUGUGUCGACCAAAUAGCUUCUAGUGGUGAUACUGAUCAAGAUAUUCUUGCGCUACCCCAGACCCAGUUAUGUUCCCCUUGCACCCUAGCUCUCAUAAAAGUCAUGCAAAGCACUCCAUUCUCCAACUACGAUAGCUCAUACGCCCAGAAGUAUGCCCAAAUUCAAUCUAUCUGCAACACUGGACCUCUUCCAACUGGAGCCCAACCUCCUGCCACCAAUAUCACUGCCCUUCCAGGAGUUGCAUCCGGCAAUCCAGCUAGUUCUACCUGUCUUUCUGGCAAUCAUUAUACUGUUCAGGCUGGAGAUGAUCCCCAGGCAAUUGCAGUCGCACAUGGCGUUCCUACUGGACCUCUGAAAACCCUCAAUGGAAUCUUCCCUGACGGCACUAACCUAUUCGCCGGCCAAGAUUUAUGUCUACCUAGGACGUGUCCUAUCUAUCUAGUACAGGCGAAUGACAACUGUGCCGCUGUCGCUUCGGCACAUGGCCUCACCUUCGCACAGCUGGUUAGCUACAACCCAUCGAUAAACCAGGACUGCUCUAACCUUGUUUCAAAUACCAAUAUAUGUGUCGGGCCUUCUGGAGCCGAAUAUACCCCUACAACGAUACCUGGGGCUACUUCAACCACUUCAGGCUUUGCAAUCUCCACCGUAGCCCCUCCUGGUGCCACGCCCUUCGGAACCACCCCGGAGUGCGGUAAAUUCUAUCAGGUCAACAGUGGAGAUAACUGCCAACAAAUCUCCCUUAACAACAGUAUCAAUGUCGAUCUUUUCGAACAGAUUAACCCAUCGAUUAAUUCGGGGUGCACCAAUUUGACUCCUGGUUUGUAUUAUUGUGUCUGGCCGCUCUCGGACUGGAAUGCCACAAUCACCACAACCUCCACCAUUGCAACCCCUCCAGGGCCAACACCUUCUGGCAGCACGCCCAACUGUUACCAAUGGCAUACUAUUGUUUCAGGAGACACUUGUUCAGUAUUAGAAGCAUCCUUCGGCAUUACCAUGGCUCAACUACAAACCUGGAACCCCCAGCUUAACAAUGACUGCACUAACCUUUUACUAGGCGAAGCCUAUUGCGUUAAUGGCGCAGCUCCGGGAUCGUCAAUCACUUCCACCCCGGCGUCUAGCACACCAACAGUCACACCGACCUCAACCCCAACGUCAACCGCUACCGGUUCAGCCACCCCGCCAGGCCCCACGCAGGCCGGAAUUGCAAGCAACUGCGAUAAAUACGUUCUUCAACAAGAUGGCAUCUUCUGCUUUGACAUGGCCAACAAUGCAGGUAUAACGCUGGACCAACUGUACGCAUGGAACCCUGCGUUGAAUGGGGAUUGUUCGGGCCUGUGGGAAGGCUAUGCGUAUUGCAUCGGAGUGUCUUCGACGUCAGCAGCUCACAGACGCCGUCACCAGCAGCGAGCAGUAGAACAUGCUGCUGUACAUUACUAA